UGUUUUGUAUUGUCAGAUGAUAUAUUAGAAAUAUGCAGGAUUCAUACCUGGGCAAUAUCUCACCUGUUGUAUACUUGUAAACUUUAACAUUUCGUCGCAUGACUGAAUCCACUGAACUGAUAAGACACGUUGCCAAUUAUUUGAAUUCCUAUUUGGAAAGAAAGAAAGAAACUGAGGAAGAGGAAAAGGGUCGCGUUGCAUAAUCUGCUGGGACCAGGCUCCGUGAUGUCCUACAAGGUGAAUGCUGUGGUUGGACUGUGUGUAUUGAUGACACCGUGUAUUGCGUUCAUCGUGCCUCAGCCGACUGCAUUGGAUCUGAUGAAGCUGCUGGGACCACAGGCACCGUUCGGGCAGCCGGCCUCGGUCGGUCAAGGCCUCGGAAGUAAUGUAUUCGGCCAGAAGUCCAACUGUUUGUUUCGCGGCUGUAUCAACGGCAAAUGCAUUCCCGUCUACGGCUUCACCGGCAACUACGUGUGUCAGUGUCCCCCGGGCCAUUCCCUUCACCCCACCGACAAGCUGAUGUGUGUUCCCACCGAUGCAUCCACGUUUGGAAGGCGUCAAUCGCUGUUCAGGAUCCUGUCGCUGUUACAAUGGUUACGGUCCAUGCAGUCAAUGCGACAACCGUCACCGACACAGGGUCAACCCCAGAACGAGGCCUUGUUUGAUGCUUAGGCCGCCUUCCAUGAUGAACAAGCAGCCGUGUUCAGUGACCAGGAAGCAGCGUGCGCUGCUAAGUGGGAUCACAUCUUAAACCACAUAGAUUCUGAUAUUACAGACUGAAUCUAAACUGCUCAUCUGGGGUGUUAAACGCAUAUCUGUUAAAUGUUCCCGUCAGCGUUACAUUCACUGACUCUCAAUAUUUAUGACAAAGAUAUUCUGUUCACAAAAUUGCUGGAAUUGUUUUUGUCAAAACACAUCAUUCACUGGACAUAUGGAUAUUCGGACAAUUACUAGAGAGAAAAAUGCUAUACAGUAAACUACGGUCAUAACGAACACGCUUAUAACGAACUUACUUGUUAGACCCGGCCAUGUGUUGCAUAUAUGCUGUAUAUAUGCUUAUAACAAACUACGAUUAUUACAAACGAAAAUGGGUGGUCCCUUUGAGGUCGUUAUAACCGUAGUUUACUGUAUUUUGAUUUUUUAAAACAAGAUGACAAGGUCAAAAGAAUCACAAUUGAAAGGACUGUUGUUAAAUUUGAUUCUGUAAUCUGUGGCUCUACACAUUUUGUGUAAAUAUAACUUGGUUAAAUGAAGAUUGGAUCAAUAAAUGAAUUUACAAUCAAAUAACCCCUAUCAUGUUUGAAAUGUGUGCCAAAACAAAUAUAUAUUGAAUUUCAAAGAUAAGAUGUCUAAGAUACCCAUCAACAAUUGUGUUUUAUGCGAAAUUUUACAAUCUGUUGAAUACAUUGUUGUCUGUACCUUCCUAGCCUGUCUCAAAGUCCCUAAACCAUAUUCUUCCAUUCCACUCAGCCCUAACUGUAAUGCUAUAGCCCCAAAUGAAGCAAGUCCAGAUUUUCCACAGGUCUAUCUCUCAGUCCAUGAGCCAUAUUAUUUACCAUUCCACCCAGCCCUUACUGUAAUGCUAUAGCCCCAAAUGAAGCAAGUCCAGAUUUACCACAGGUCUAUCUCUCAGUCCAUGAGCCAUAUUAUUUUCCAUUCCGCCCAGCCGUUACUGUAAUGCUAUAGCCCCAAAUGAAGCAAGUCCAGAUUUUCCACAGGUCUAUCUCUCAGUCCAUGAGCCAUAUUAUUUUCCAUUCCGCCCAGCCCUAACUGUAAUGCUAUAGCCCCAAAUGAAGCAAGUCCAGAUUUUCCACAGGUCUGUCUCUCAGUCCAUGAGCCAUAUUAUUUUCCUUUCCACCCAGCCCUAACUGUAAUGAUAUAACCCUAACGUCAGCAAGCCAAGGGGUUUUCCACGGGCUCUGAAUCUCCUAUCUCACUGGGGCUCCUUUUCAAUUAAAAUUGAGUUUCUAUCAAAAUUAUAUAUUUUCAGAGGCUAUGCAUUAGCCUAUAACUCUCAACCAAGUAAUUAGUUAUGCAACCAAUAGUCAUUUUACAUAUUUAAUUAUCUUCCAUAUCAUAAUAUUUUCGAAACUUUAACCAAUAUUUCCAUAACAAAACACAAAAAAAUAAACAAUCCCUAUACUGA